GGUGAAGGCGUGGAUAGGUGACGUGGCACGGUGUGAGGCGUCGGAUCGUGGAGAAAAACCACAAUCCGCGCCUCACUGCAUCUAACGGCGGCGGUGAAGGCGCGGGUGGCGCGGAUCGAUGACGUGGAAAGCGGGGCUAUCACAGCUUUAGUCAUCAGCGGUGAAGUGCCUGCGCGUCCACGUCAGCAAUCCGCGCCACUUCACCGCUUUUUAUUUCAACGGUGAAGAUCUUCAUCGCGUCAGAAAUCGACGGUCAAUUAUUCCCCGUCAUAGUCCAAGGCGAUGAUGCCAUCACUGUUGUUGUCCACAGCGAUAAUGCUAUCACCGUUUUGGACAAAAACGGUGAUAGCAUCAUCGCUUUGGACUAAAACAGUGAUGCUAUCACCGUUUUGGUCAAAAACGGUGAUUGCCAUCACUGUUUUGGUUUGCAGCGGUGAUAACCAAACUGUUGUAUUUUGGGAAAUAUUUUCAUAAGUACUGUAUUUUGGGAUUUUUUUUUAAUAAUUAGAGUAUUUUGGGAUUUUUUCGUGAGUUUUACUUCUCCCAGAAGAUUGAUUACUUGAAAGACAAGGUUCAGCCUUCUUUUGUGAAAGAACGUAGAGCUAUGAAGGUAAGGAACCUAGAAAUAACUCGUGAACUUGUUGAUCAUUCUAUCAGUCAUUUCAAUUGUUGAAACUUGGUUGUCUUUUGCAGAGGGACUAUGAAGAGUACAAAAUCAGAGUGAAUGCAAUGGUAGCCAGGGCUCAGAAAACACUUGAAGAAGGUUGGACUAUGCAAAUUAUGGGAAGAUUUUAAGUGGAAGAUUUUGUAUUGUUGUCAAAUUAUGGGAUAAAAUCUUCAGUGAUUUGAUUUCUACUAACCAUUAUUUAAAUUCGAUUUUUUAAGAAUGAGAAGUGAAUCGAGUUCUUAUGAAUGAGAAGUGAAUCAAAGAAAAGUACGAUGAAUUAUACGUACAUUCAUAUAUGUGAUUACAUAAUUCAAUGUGUGUCUGUGUUCAUUUGAACUGGUAUGAAGUGGAUACCCGCAAAAACCCAUAAAUACGCUCAAUGUAAGAUUUGGUUGUACAAAAGCGGUGUAAUAGAGUUCGAGACAUGUGGAUUCUUUCCAUUAACUGAUAAAAUUAAGGGGGAAGAAGCAUGUAGCAACUAAUUAAAUCCGUUCUUCCUGGCUUUUUGCCUCCCUUCACGAAAAAAAAAAAAAAAAAAAUUAAAUCCGUUCUUUAAAUACCUAGCCUUGGAUCACAGACCACACCACCUCACUGGCUGAACUUUUGACUACCUGACCACCUCUUUAGUAUUUCCCCAGCAAGUCCACUUUUUAUACCCUCACAGCUCAUCAAUUUUAUUCUCAAAUCAAAACAAAUCCUUGGGUCAAAUUCAUGAUCCAACGAACCCUGAAAUGAUUAGAAAUCAUUAGUCAGAUCAACAAAAGCCAGAACGAUCUGCUAGCUAACCUGUAGCUUCUGCAAAUUCUGGACUUCCCAAAGGGCAGAACAGAACAGAACAGAACGAACAAUUCCCUCCUCCACCACACCUCCAUUAAUCUCACCUUCCUCUUCUGCAAAUUUCUCCCAUCCCCAGAAAAGCCUGCACAGCUCUCCACUUAGAAGCACACAUACUACAAAAAGCUCACUGAUUCACUCUCCCCAAGCAAAUCUCCCUCACUUCCACAGUUCCACUCACUCACUCUCUCCUCACAAUGUCACCACCACCACCACCACCACUUCUCUUCCUCCUCCUCUGCUCCCUCUCUGCCACCGCCUCCGCCGCCGGCAAAUCCACUGCCGCCGCUCCAGUUGCCACCCCACCAUCUUCCCCAGUCACCAUCCCAGCUCCGUCCACUUCAUCUCACUCCACGCUAGACCCAAAGCAACUCCGAGCCCUGCAGUCACUCAGCAUCCCAACGGCCAAAGACCCCUGCGCUCCUCACAACGCCGCCACAACCUGCGACGCCGCCGCCCCAUUUCGCCACGUCGUCUCCCUCCACCUCUCCAACUGCUCCGACGACGUCUCCCUCUCCUUCACCGCCCUCGAGUCCCUCUCCACCACCCUCCAAUCCCUCUCCUUCACCAACUGCCCCAUUUCCCCAAUCCGCUUCCCUUCAGAUCUCGCCCUCAACCUCCGCUCCUUCUCUUGUGCGCAUUCUUUCAAACACCUUGCGGGCGUCUGGCUCUCCCGCUUCGCCAACCUCACCGACCUCGCCGUCACCGACGUCCCCGUCAACGCCAGCGGGCUCUACGUCGUCAUCGGGAAUAUGCGCAAGCUUCGGUCGGUCACCAUCACGAAUGCGAAUCUCACCGGCUCGAUUCCGAAGCAUUUGGUAGAGAAUCUCACCCAUGUGGAUCUGUCGAGGAACGGGCUUAAAGGGAAGAUACCCAGUUCAAUUGCAGUACUCGAGAAUCUAGAAAGCCUCAAUCUUUCCUCCAACGCGCUCGCCGGGGAGCUGCCGGCGAACUUCGGGGAUUUGAUUUCGCUGAAGAAUGUGUCUCUUGCGUCUAAUUCGUUGUCCGGGUCGAUCCCGGAUUCGAUUUCGGCUAUACCAGGGUUGGAGCAUCUCGAUCUGAGUUCGAAUCAGUUCAAUGGCACUAUCCCCAAGUUCUUCACCGAGAUGAAGCAUCUCAAACAUUUGAAUCUCGCCAACAAUGCCUUCCGUGGCGUUUUGCCGUUCAAUGCCUCGUUUCUCGAGAGAUUGGAAGUUUUCAAAAUUAAGGGUAAUGACAAUUUGUGCUACAACCACACGAGCUUGUCGUCCAAGUUGAAGCUGGGGAUUGCUCAGUGCGACAAGCACGGAUUGCCCAUGUCGCCGCCGCCGUCGAAAGAUUUGACCUCAGGGGAUGACGGAGAUUCGUCGGAUUACGACGAUGGAGACGACGGCGGAUCGAGUAGCAAGAAAGAGGGACACCAUGGGCCGAAUAAGGUUUUUCUGGGGCUUGUGAUUGCCCUCUCUUCCAUUGUGUUCCUCAUUGUUUUCCUUAUUCUUAUAGCGAAGAGAUGCACCUGAAACCCCCAGAAAAAGGUGUUUUCACUUCUUCUUCUUCUUCUUCUUCUGUUCUUUAGAGCUGUUAGAUUAGGGAAAUAUUGUUGAUUGGAUACGAUGUUUUGUUCGGCUAAUUUCCACUAUUUGUUCAUUAAUGUAUACCUUGAGAAAGAACAAAAGAACAUGAAAUGGAAGGUCUUGAAACAGAGACUGGUAAUGGACGGUUCUGAAGAAACAAUGGAGUAUUCCUCUGUUUUCCUUUCAGAGUUAUUACUCUGUUCUGUGAAGUCUCGAAUGGAUUGUGUCUAAAGAGUUGACUGUUGUUGAUUUAGUUCAAAGAAACAAUUCAGACCGUUUGCUCUCUCAUGUCCAGAUGUAGUUAUCAUGCUUAUGCGAGCAAUCAACACAUUUACAUCGUUGGAUUAGCCAGCUACACUUCUUCGACCGUUGUCUCCAACAUGAGCGUGUUUAGUAACAUUUUCGUUAAAUUAUACUAAGUGGCAAUCCAGAUCAUGAUGGAGUUUGAUGAGUGCAAGCAACAAAAACCAAAUCGUAAGUGGCACUUCCAAGUUCCAACAACCAUCGUGGUGACGAUUAAUGAAUGUUGUUAUUUUACUAAAAUUAGGUUCCAUCAUUGUAACAUACCAUGUGAUCCAUUCUUGGGCACUUCCCAACUAGCACCAAAUUCCCUGCCACCCUGUUAUAGAAAAUGAAUAUGCAGAACCUUUCAAAAUGAAGGCUCUUUAUGGAACAAAAUCUCAUAAUACACAUUUUAUUAAAAAAAGGCAAAAUACACUUGUAUAACUAAAAUUUUCGCGUUUGUACUAAUAAUAGUCAAAUUUGACGAAAUACCACUUAUAGCCAGCUUUUAAACUUGUAGUAGAACAAAUAUAGUCAUUUCCAUUAGAAACUUUAACGGUGUUAAUAACACCGUUAAUAACACCGUCAACUUAUUUGACGAUUUGUUGACUAGAUGCCAACUCAGUGGACACAACAACGCCACAUAAGCAAAUAGUGACACGUCAAAUAUUUCAAUUAUUUAAUAUUUACACAUCAUAAAUAAAAAUAAAUAAAAAAUUUGUUACCCUCACAUAGCCAUCUGCUUCGCACCAUCUUACACAACUUUCCCCCAAUUUCAUUUUAGGGUUCUUCCCAACCGCCUACCGCCUCUCCAUCUUCAACCCCGACAUCAACUUCCCAGAACCCUAAAUUCAAAAAGGGGGCAAAAAUGGCGCCUUGUAACGAGAAGUAGGAGGAAGAAGAAGAUGACGUCGUUGGUGAGAGGAGAGCUUCUACUAAUCUUCGAGGAGCUUCUCCUUCGACGAGACUUCGUGUGAGUUCAGCCACGCUGGAGACGACGGGUAGCGAGAAUGAGGAAGGGAAGCUGCGGCGGCAGGUCGGGGAGGGCGGCGGGAGGACGAACUCGAGUAUUUAACCGACGCUAAUUCUCUUCCCCAAAUCCCUCGAUUUCCAAUUUUGGGGGCUUUUUAAUUCAAUUUUGUAGAGAAGAAAAAGGGAAAUAAGUUAGUGUAGAGGAUGCUACGGUGGUUGGCGGUGGUCGACGAGAAGACAGAGUGGCGGUAGCGUCGCAGCGGUGGAUUGUCGGCGGAGAGAAUAUUGCGGUAGGGAGAUUUGCGACGAUGGAGGAGGAUAGCAGAGGGAUUUGGAGAUUUUUUGUUUGUUUUCCACAGUGUAGGUGCUUUGGAUUUCCGAAAGAAAUAAAAGGUGUUUCUUUUUUGUUCAUUAAUUUAAUAAUAGUAAGAAAAGUCA